UUUACUGUGAUAAGAGCCCAGUUUACCGGGGUAACUCAAUGUGAUUAUUUUACUAUUCUUCGUUCCGAUCCACAUGUUGAAACAUCCGCAAACGAUACGACGCACUGGUGAUGAUGGCGGUCGCGUAUUCACCGUUGAACCAAUCAUCGAUAGUGGAAAGCAGCUGACAAAUAGUAUUGAGUCCAAAGCCUAUACGUUUGAUGAAGCGCUCGAUAUAGUUGGUUUCGGCCGCACAGGAUGGCAGGUUUUCCUGGCCUCUACACUGACCAUGCUGACCGUAAUCAACGAAACGAUGGGCAUCUCAAUAAUCGUACCUGCCGCCCAGUGUGAUCUGAGUCUCACAGCCGUUGAUAAAGGAAUGCUAACCGGUGUAAGUUUCGCAGGUAUCAUCUUAACGUCGCACUUCUGGGGUUAUAUGGCGGACACCAAAGGGCGUAAAGUUGUGAACGUUCUAUCGCUAGCACUGACCUCGGUGUGCUCCCUGGUGUCGAGCGUGGCGGUAAAUUUUACGACUAUUGUCGUUCUCCGGCUGCUGGUUGGCAUGUGCAUCUCCGCCCCAUCGGCUACCAUUUACGCCUAUUUGGGUGAGUUCACGCGGACAGAGAAACGAACCAUGGUCAUUUCAUUCGCGAGCAUCGCCGUUGGACUGUCUUACAUCUACACUGCCGCACUCGGUUGGCUCGUUCUCUCCUUUGAUUGGCGUUUCGAACUGUGGGAUCUGUUCGAGUUUCGUCCCUGGCGUUUGUUGGUUAUACUAUAUUCGCUCCCAGGAACGAUUGCCACCUUCUGGAUGCUGUUUCUCCCAGAAAGUCCUAGAUUCUAUCUGUCACAGGGACGCGACGAUCUGACGCUGGAGAUUCUACAGAAGAUGUACCUGGAAAAUCAUCCGAAAGCUACACCGGAACAGUUUGCGGUAAAGCGAUUCAUCCCGGAAGCCGACGUGAAGGAGAUGGGGAUUCAAUCGAAUGGUAUAUCAGGCGUGUUGGAAAGCAUUUGGAACCAAACGGUACCGCUAUUCAAGCGACCAAAUUUGUUCUAUUUCACUGUAUGCUGCACACUCCAGUUUGGUAUGUUUUUUGUCUCUGCCGGAAUGGGUCUGUGGUAUCCGGAGAUCAUCAAUCGUGUGACAUCUAUCAAUCAGAGUGAUUCGGCAACUAUAUGUGAACUGUUGGAGGGCGUACACACCCCAGACGAAGAUCUUGUAUCGCACGACACGGACGAAUGCAGUGACCAUGUAACACAGGAUGUAUUUGUCUACGUGCUUGUACUGGGUUCGAUUUACACCUUCCUCUACCUGGUAUCGUCAGCCAUGCUACACAAAAUUUCGCGAGGAUCCAUAUUAUUUUUCAAUCUAUUCAUCUCCGGCGCCUCCGGUGUGAUGCUGUUGUUCAUCAACGAUCCGUACCUGGUCAUGAUUCUCUUCUGCUCAUUUGUAGUAUUUGCGGGUAUUUCAAUAUCACUUGUGAAUGGCAUUGCCGUAACGCUGUUUCCAACAAACGUCCGAGCGAUGGCCGUCUGUCUGAGCCUGAUGAUGGGCCGUCUAGGUAGUGUCGCAGGAACCAAUCUUAUCGGGUUGAUCAUGGAGAAUAAUUGUUUAACUACAUUCAUCAUAUUUGCAAUCUGCUCGUUGGUGGGAGCAGCUCUAACUCGCACCCUCCCAAGCCGGUAAUUGAAUCCUGCAUUUCUCACAAUUGACAAUUGAAAAUGAAACGAUCUAGUCGAAGCGAAAAUUUUGCCACUCUCAAAUUAAGAGUGACGCGUAAUGAAAAUAGGAGAUAAAAUAAAAACUGGGAAACACACUCCAAACUGAACUGGAAGAAGGGUGUCCUUCCGAUCUGUAACCCGUGCCCAUCUUUUUAUAUUUACGAAGCCGAAAAUCGUUUCGUUCCUGAAGAGAGGGUAAGGAAAAACCGGUGUAAUACGAGAUUGCACAUAUCAUCCCAUCAUUUUGGAGCUGAAGUACGUGCUGUGCAGCAUUCUUUGUGUAGUGUUUCCGUUUCCCACACACCCCCGCCCCCUCCCUCAUCGUGUUGGCCUCCAUCGUUUGUUCUUUCAUCACUUCCGAA